CUGCCGAGCGGACUGGGGCCGAGUGCGGGGCGCGAGCGGCAGCCGCGGUGUGUGUCGCAGCGGCUUUUCCUCGGCGGUUUGUGGAGCUGCUGUUAUGGCGGCGGCGGCAGAGGGGGCGAGCGUGACUGCAGUUCCUGUUUCAGGUGCCGACAGCAAGGGCGAGUCGCCCGAGGUCGAAGGAGAAGGAGUCGGAGCAGUGGGCGAAGAGAAGGACGCCGCCGCGGGAGGAGCGGAGGCCGUCGGGGACAGCGAGGAGGACGGGGAGGAUGUGUUCGAGGUGGAGAAGAUUCUGGACAUGAAGACUGAGGGGGGUACAAUCCUUUACAAAGUUCGAUGGAAAGGCUAUACAUCAGAUGAUGAUACCUGGGAGCCUGAGGUUCAUCUUGAGGACUGUAAAGAAGUUCUUCUUGAAUUUAGGAAGAAAAUUACAGAUAACAAAGCUAAACCAGUCAAAAAAGACAUUCAGAGACUAUCCUUAAAUAAUGACAUAUUUGAGGCAAACUCUGAUAGCGAUCAGCAAAGUGAGACAAAAGAAGAUACUUCUCCAAAGAAGAAAAAGAAAAAACUAAGGCAUAGAGAAGAGAAAAGCCCAGAUGAUCUGAAAAAGAAAAAAGCAAAGACUGGGAAACUAAAAGAUAAACCCAAACCAAACCUGGAGAGCUCCUCUGAAAGUUUAGUUUUUGAUUUAAGGACAAAGAAAAGAAUUUUGGAAGCCAAAGAAGAAUUAAAGGAAUCCAAAAAGCCCAAGAAAGAUGAUGUAAAAGAAACUAAGGAAUUAAAGAAGGUUAAAAAGGGUGACGUAAGAGAUUUAAAGACUAAAAUAAGAGAAGAUCCCAAAGAAAAUAGAAAAACAAAAAAAGAGAAAUAUGUUGACUCUCAUUUGGAAUCUGAAUCACAUGUACUUAAUGAAUCCCCUUUUCAAGAAGAUGACAGUGAAGAGUUGUAUUCUGGCAGCAGAGAAGAGAAACAAAAGAUUAAAAGUGCAAAAGAGAAAGCAGAGCAAGAUGCAAUUCAAGAUACUAUUUUUGAUAAACAGCUGGAUGGCACUGUAAGUGCUGAUGAGGAUGCUGAUGGCAAAGCAAAGAGGAAAAAAAAGAAACUGAGAAAGACUGAGGAACUUAAAGAGAGCAGAAAGCUAGAAAACAAGAACCUUUUCUUAGAGAAGAAAAAUAUACAUAAAAAACAAAGGAAUCAAGACAAAGGCAAAAGUACUACAGAGUUAGAUAAGCUGACCGCUGCUUCUGGCCAAACACAGAAGAGUUCACGAUUGGGUGGGGAAGAGAGGAACCUCAGGUCCAGUGACUCAGCUGGGGAAGAGAAAGAGACCAAAAAAAAUGAACCCAAAGAAAAAUACCAGAAAAGGCCUGAUUUGGACAAGGAAGAAAAAAGCCGAAAAGAGCCAAAGGGAUUAAAGACAUUUAAAGAAAUCAGAAAUGCAUUUGAUUUAUUUAAAUUAACUCCAGAAGAAAAAACUGAUUUCCCUGAAAAUAAUCGGAAAAGAGAAGAAAUACCACUGGAUUGUACAAUCACAGAAGAUCACAAAACCAAGGAAAACAAGCAGUUACUUAAAGAAAGGAGAAAUACAAGAGAUGAAACGGAUACUUGGGCAUAUAUAGCUGCAGAAGGUGAUCAAGAGGUUCUGGACAGUGUGUGCCAAGGGGAUGAGAAUUCUGAUGCCAGACAACAGAUUUUGAGUUUGGGCAUGGACUUGCAGUUGGAAUGGAUGAAAUUAGAAGAUUUUCAAAAGCAUCUUGAUGGGGAAGAUGAGAAUUUUGCUACAGCAGAUGCAAUUCCAAGUAAUUUAUUGAGGGAUGCUGUGAAAAAUGGGGAUUAUAUUACUGUGAAGGUUGCACUUAAUUCAAAUGAAGAAUAUAACCUGGACCAAGAGGAUUCGAGCGGGAUGACACUGGUGAUGCUUGCUGCAGCAGGAGGGCAAGAUGACCUCCUGAGGCUCCUCAUCAGAAAAGGAGCCAAAGUGAAUGGGAGACAGAAGAACGGGACCACGGCACUUAUCCAUGCAGCAGAGAAGAACUUUUUAACUACAGUGGCUAUUCUUUUGGAAGCAGGAGCUUUUGUAAAUGUCCAGCAGAGCAAUGGUGAGACCGCUCUAAUGAAGGCCUGUAAAAGAGGAAACUCAGACAUCGCACGACUUGUGAUUGAAUGUGGAGCUGACUGCAAUAUUUUGUCUAAGCACCAGAACAGCGCGCUGCAUUUUGCAAAGCAGUGUAACAACGUGCUGGUGUACGACUUGCUGAAGAAUCACUUAGAGACACUUUCAAGAGUAGCAGAAGAAACAAUAAGGGAUUACUUUGAAGCACGGCUUGCUCUGCUAGAACCCAUUUUUCCAAUAGCAUGUCAUCGUCUCUGUGAGGGGCCAGAUUUUUCAACAGAUUUCAAUUACAAACCCCCACAGAACAUACCAGAAGGCUCUGGUAUCCUGCUGUUUAUUUUCCAUGCAAACUUUUUGGGUAAAGAAGUUAUUGCUCGGCUCUGUGGACCAUGUAGUGUACAAGCCGUAGUUUUAAAUGAUAAAUUUCAACUUCCUGUUUUUCUGGACAGUCAUUUUGUUUACUCGUUCAGCCCCGUUGCAGGCCUCAAUAAACUCUUUAUAAGGUUGACGGAAGCACCCUCUGCUAAGGUGAAGUUGCUCAUAGGUGCAUACAGAGUGCAGCUGCAGUGACCAACAGAAAGAG